UAGAUAAGUUCAGAUGACUAUAUUUACUGUGAUUUGCAUUCGUAUUCAAAUUAAAAGCGCUUAUGCAGAUUAUGAGCCUGAUUUAUGACUCAUAUCAAUCAGCAGAUGGAUGAAUCAGAAGAUAAAUCAUUUACGUCCUGUGAGGAUUCUUUGACGUCUCCAAUGAAAAAUGACAUGGUAGAACUUACCAUAAAGAUUCUUGGUCAGUUACACAAGGCUGGAGAAAAUAAAGCCAAGAACUUAGAUGCACUAAAGAUACUAUGUCAAAUCACAGGAGAUGUUUUGAAAGAUGGUAGUCUGGAAGAGCAAACGCACCAUUUUGGUAAAACAUUUUGGCUGCAAGAUAUAGAAACGCUUAUGAAAAAAUUUAAAGAUUCAGUGGCCAUUCAAGAUGCAUCUUGUCGAUGUUUGACCAUGCUUUUCCAAAUUCAUCCCUUUUUGUGCGAGUACGUUGGCUCAAAGAAAAGUGAAAUACCUCUAGUGAGCGAUAUUUCUACAGCGUUAUCUCGCCAUUGUAACGAAUCAUCGCUAAUGAAGAAUGCUUGUGAGUUGCUUCAUGUGAUGCUGUGUAAUGCUCCUUCACUAAAACAGGAGUUUAACGACACGGAUGUACACAAAAAAAUUCUCCCAAACGUCUUUUCACAAGACGAGCUGGAGAUCUUGAGCGUUUUGAGAGUUCUCAUCGACAUGUCGCGAGAGAAUUUGCCCUUUAAGGAGAAACUGCUUCAAGAGGACGUGCUUUCAUCCAUGUCGCGUUUGUUUGUUUUGUUUCCACACAACUGCGAGGUGUUAAAAGAGGCUACUUCGCUUUUGGGAACAUUAGCGCAGGAUUAUUCGUUGGUGGUCCAUCAAUGUAUCGUAGAAAAAGUUCAUUUGUCUUUAUUGUUUAUGCUAAAAGAAAUGAAGGCGCGUGUUCCUCUUCUGAAAAAGAUUAUGAUCACUAUGGGAACGUUUUGCAGCGCUGAGGGAAUUUCGGAAAUUUUGGUUAAUUGUGAAGCGUUUGAUAUAGUGCUGGAUUUGAUAAAGACUCACGAAGAGAAUAUUGACUUUGAAAAGAAAGCGUUGACUCUGUUGCAAAGCUUAACUCGGUCGUCCGAGGAUUUUUGCACGACGCUUUUGCCCGUGAUAAAGAAAAUAAUGAAAUCGACAAAGUCUGAGGAACUUUUACACCGUUGCUGUGAAAUAGUUUACGAUUUUGCGAGAAACGAUCACGAGACGUCCGUGCAGCUGAUCAAACACAGAGUGUCCAGAAUCAUUUUCAAAAUCCUCAGAAAUUCGAACGACGAUGCGCUGCAAAAUAUCGCCGCUGACUGCAUUUAUAUGUUGGCACUGGAACACGAUUUGAAGAACAUGAUGUUGAGGAAAAUGUGUGCUGUUGGAGAUACAGAUGCCGUGAACUUACUGCUCCAACUUUCUGCUGACGUCAACUACACCGAAGCUGACGAAAGCCCUCUGAGUUUGGCAUGUAAGACCAACAACUUGGAUUUGGUGAAGUUGCUGUUGGCGCACGGCGUGUCAGAUUUGCACCAUCCUCUCACGAUAUGCUUGGAGAACGACGAUCGCCGCAGAUUGGCCGGGCUUAUUUUGAAAUGCAUGGGACAUGAUGAAGCUGCCGGAACCAUAUCUCUCACAGGUUUGAAACUUGGUAGGUUAAAGACGGAAUGGCUAGAACCGUCGUUAAUGGACGGCGACUCUUUUACAUCGCAUAUUUCAACCACAAAAUGGUUGAAUUUGAUUCGAAGAUCUCGGCAACGCUCUUUUGACGUAACAGUGCCAGGCGGAAAGGACGAAAACACACCGCUGGACGUCGGUCCUGCGGACAGAAGUAGCCACGACGAUAUGACAUCAGAGGGUGGGAGCCUAAGCUCGAGUAUCAUUCAUGGCUCGUCGUGUGAAUCUAUUUUGACGAAUAUCGACGAGAAUCGCUCAUCGCCAUCAAUAAAGAUCACCUCGGUGCACAAAACGCUGUCUCAAAGCGUGAGCGAUUCUCGCCAGAUGACCGUGGAGGAGUGCAAUGGUUUUCUCAUACCGGACAACAGAUUGAAUCACGACAAAGCAUUUUUGGAGAGGAGUGUCAUGACGUCGUCGGCUGGUCAGAGACGUUUUAGUGAUAUCAGCGGGACCUUGUUCGAAGACCAAGUUUCUCAGAAGUCAAACGUGUCGUUCGUCGCAGGUCAGAAAACAAAUCAAUCCAUGUUUCGAGCAAAAUCUGGCAGUAUAACUUUCGGAAAAAUGAAGGGAGCUUCCUCGACACCUAUACGUAAAAAUCCAGUGCGUUGCCUAGAUUUAUCAAGAAAUGAAAUUAUAAACGCGGAUGUCCUUGCCGCGCGUUCAACCACGAUCUCGCGUCACCUUUUUUCGGUGGAAAAUCUCGAUCUCAGCAAGAAUAAGCUGGUCGAGUUGCCGAGUGGUUUGUACAACAACAUGGAACGCUUGAAAAAGCUCGUUCUGAGUCACAAUCAGCUGGCUUCCAUUCCCAACGAUAUAUUCUACUGCUGCCAUCACCUUGAAUGGCUCGACCUCUCGCACAACUUCAUCGAGAAGGCCGAAAAACCUAAAAACCAUUUCAAGACAAGUUUCAUAUCUCAUUUGAACCUUUCUCACAAUUCCAUCAGAGAGUUUCCAACGUACGUCAGCGAGUGCUUUCCAUUGCUGACUCAUCUCGACUUGAGUUACAACUACAUCAACUUCUUGCCCGAGUCGAAAUACGACAGGAGUCCCGCGGGGAAAUCCACGAUUAACCUCGGCAGAUUACAAACGCUCAUUCUCUGCCAUAAUUCCAUAUCAAACAUCCCAGAAAGCUUUCUGAAAUACUUGACCAAUUUAAACGCAUUUUACGCGCGACAUAACUUACUGAAUCAACUUCCUGAUAAAGUUGCCCCAUUGUUAAGCAAGUUGGGAAUCGUGAAGCUUAGCAGUAACAAAUUAACGGAAAAGGCUCCGUUUUACAUGACGAAGUUCGUUUUAACUCUUCCAAAUGUUCACACGGUCGAUAUGAGCGAGAACGAUUUGAAGUCCAUAGCUGCGCCAUCGAUAUGGUCAAGUCAACGGUUGAAGGAUCUUAAUGUUGCAAAGAACGAUAUUCGAUUCGUUGAUCUUACAGGAGGUGCAAGCAAAUGGUCUUUUCUCACGCGUCUUGACUUGAGCGAGAAUAAUUUGAGGGAAAUUCCGAGAGGUAUAGGAGAAAUGAAGUCAUUAGGACAGCUCAAUAUUAGCGGAAAUAAUCGUAUUUCUGCGCUACCGAAUGAGCUGGGAAACCUUACAAAUCUCUGGGAGUUUUUGUGUACCGAUGUAAAAUUGGACCUCAAUCGAUCGCUGCUUCGUGGAAGAACGUGCGACCUCGUCGGUCACCUUCGUGCAAGACUGAAGAAGUCGGUUCCUUACCCGCAAAGGAAGGUCGUUGUGUGCGGCCCGAAGAACUGCGGGAAAACAACUUUACUGCAUCAACUUGCUUCGAGUAAAGUGAUGAAGAAAUCUUUCAAGAGAGAGACGAGACGAUCUAAGCCGAGGAACGCGAACGAGGUUCUUCAAACUCAAAAGUGGAUCGUGGAUAACGUGAAAAGCGAUUGUAAAUGCUGCCCGCGAAAAAGUGUUUCGCUCAAUUUACGCAUUUGGGAGUUCUCCGGAAGCGACGCAUGCGUGCAUCGUUGUUUUUUGAACGACACCGAUCUUAAUAUUGUUGUAUUUAAUGCGAGUCUUGGUCGAGAUGGUUUGAACGCCAUACGUCCAUGGUUGGCUAAUAUCCAUGAUCAAUCUCCAGCAUCCAUAGUUAUUCUUGUUGGGACACAUGUGGAUAAGAUCCAAGAAUCUCUUAAGAAAUCGAGCUUGGAAGAUCUAUACAGUGAGAUUCAGGUAAUCCGUAAAUCGCCUGGGACACCAGUUAUUCACGGCGUGUUUUUCGUCAGCAGAAACAAGACGGCGAACGUGGAUGAGCUGGCAAAGAGAUUGUUGCUGCUGGCAAUGGCGUUCAACGCGGGAGGCAAUCAGAUUAACCACGCGAAUCGUAUCAAUCAUCGCGUGCCGAAGAGUUUCAUCACCUUGCAGAAUAUACUUGAGAAGAAGAUGGAGGACGAAUUGGCGAACUGUGGUGUUGUUCACGUUGGUUGGUUAAAAAAAAUGGCUAAAAACAAUAGACUUGAGAUUGACGACAAAGAGUUGCGCGAAGCUGUUGCGUAUUUGUGUCAGUCAGGAAUCUUAGUGAAUUACGCAAAGCCAGCUGCCAAAUUGAACGAGCUAGUUUUUCUGCGCCCAUCCAAACUGGCAGCUUUGAUACAAAAGAUAGUCUGUUUUAUUGUUGAUGCUAAGGAUCCAACGGAACUCAUUAACCGCGAGAAACUUUGCCAACUUGUAAUGAAGGAAAAUUUCUCCGAAACGCAUCUCCUUCAGAUAUUACGGUUACUUGAAGACUUUGAAAUAGCUUUGCCCGUGAGCAGGUUCAAGUUUUUAUUGAUAUCGAAUCUGGGUCGGACUUCGGCGAUGCCUUUGGUAGAUGUAGAAGCGAUGCUCCGUCGUAGAUACACAAUGCCGUUCGCUCCCGUCGGUUUCUGGCGUCGUCUUGUCACGCAUUUGCACGUGCAUCGCAAGGAGAUGAUUUUGGGACAAACACCAGCACUUUGGAAAAACUCAGAGGCUCCUUUGUUUAAAUUCGCCCGAAAUUUUUUCUUCUCAUUUUGGACUGCCGAAAUCCAUUUCACAGUAACCAUUGUGGAAAACGUACUCGAUAUUUUUGUUCCCAUAAAUCGCGAUGGACAAGUUCUUUUGGCAAAUCUUGUUUGCCAUAUUGACGCACUCCUCCAGGAAUGGUACCCGAACUUGUGUGGAUCUGACAAUGAUUGGUACAACGUACAAGUCAUAAAAAGAACAGCUCUAUGUCCGUGCAAGGAGCACGAGUACCAAUUGGAAGAUUGUGUUACACCUUACAUGAAGUGCGAAUCUGGUGGCGAAGUACCGCUGGAAUUGCUCGCUCCGGAUCUAUUGCAGUUGCACAUAGAUCAACGAUAUGUAAUCGAAGAAAGCGAAUUGAGGAUCGAAGAAGAGAGUGCAUCGCGGGUCGGCGAGGGUGGCUUCGGAAGUGUGUAUCGUGCGAAGUAUAGAAAUAAGAAUGUUGCAGUAAAGAUAUUUCGUAAGCAGAUGGAGUGCGAUCCUCGUUUUCAUUUCGAACAGGAAAUUAGGUUCCUAACGAAGUUACGUCAUCCGAGUGUGAUCGAAUUGGUUGGUUUCUGUUUCAAGUCACGCUACAUCGUCGCACUUGAGCUUGCUCCCCUGGGCUCGUUGAAUCUCCUGUUUCGCAACAAAAAACCGCUGAGUCGUGGUAUUCAACAUUUGAUUGCAAUGCAGGUUUGCGAUGGAUUGAGAUAUCUUCAUCAACAUCAAAUUGUUUACCGCGAUCUUAAGCCUCACAACAUCUUGAUCUUUUCUUUGGCUGCGGGCUCUCUCAUCAACGCCAAGAUCUGUGACUUCGGAAGCAGUCGAUAUGCCACGCCGUGUGGAUUCAUAUCCUCCGAAGGAACGCCUGGUUACCGAGCCCCAGAGGUAGCACGUGGUGACGUCGUGUACAACGAGAAAGCAGAUAUAUUCUCGUUAGGAAUGCUACUGUACGAGCUCUCCACGGAGGGCAGAUAGCCGUUCAGUGACCUAAAAUUUCGUAGUGAAUUCGACGAGGCCGUCAUCACCGGCCGAGCUAUCGAACCUUUGACGUUGGUAGGCGCGCCUCCAUGGCCCGAUAUGCAAAAUCUACUGGAUGAAAUUCUUGUGUCGGAGCCAGAUGAGCGACCUACUGCUGAACAGAUUUACCAAAGACUGUGCAACCCGGAGUUCAUCGCACUAAAACAAGACAUACCCGUGUGUAAGGGUCAGGCGGUAGAAUGCAUGGCCACACGAUACUUCGAUGAUGGCAAUGGAACGAAUAUGGAAGUGUGGAUUGGCCGCGGGGCAUCUGAUUGGACAGAUAAGAUAGACGACCAGGCACAAAGUACUUACACGUCCCAGUUGACGCGCGUUGAUUUAAGUUCAAAGAAGGGCUGUGAAGGUACAGUACUACAAGAUGGUUGAAUAACAUGUAUUUCAGUCGUCAGAGAAAAUCUUAUUGUUGUUGGAACACAAACUGGUCACGUGUGGGUUUACGAUGUAACCAAGGCAACGUUUGUUCACGCAAUGACUCGUUUACCAGAUUCCGUAGUUUCGAUGAUUUAUGUGGAGAGUUUGCAACGCGUGUUUGUCGGUGUUGCGAAUGGCCAGUUGGCCAUGUACGAGUUGAUGGACUUGUAUAAACCUCCCAUGGCGACUAAGAUUCUCGACAUUGCCGGAUCAAUGUGUUGUCGUGAUGUUCCGCUCAUGUGUUUUGCUCUUUCGAGAAAUGGCAAAGACUUGCUCUGUGGUGUUGGCCACAACGUCAUCGUGCUGCAACUUGAACGCGAUGAGAUAUCUCCGAAACAUCAAUGGAGCGUAUCACCGGAAAACGAACCACACAAAGGCCUAGUAUCGAAUAUAUUGAUGGAUAAACACGGCGUGUGGACUUCGACGAAAGCCAGCUCGCGCAUUUGUUUGUGGAACAAAAGGUCGCAUAAACUCGAUGGGGUGAUCAAUUGCGACAGUCUGGCGAUUUCCGACGAUUUUGAAGACUGGGGCCGAGGAAUGCGCGUCGUGAGCAUGUUAAUGCACAAUACGAUUUUAUGGGUCGGAACAGGCGGAGGCCAUAUACUACUCUUUGAUACUAAAACCACCUCGCUGCUUAUGUCGAUGAGCCGUCAUAAAACCGCCGUUCGCUGCUUGAUCACAUCGGAGAUCCUCCAAUCAGAUGGCAAACAAAUAUCGGUCGUGCUAUCUGGUGGACUGGGCUUCGUUCCGCGCUGGUCUUCCUCGCAUGAGACCUCGUCACGUGACUUCGGCUACGUGCUUAUUUGGGAGUCCGGUAUUCAAAAAGAAGCCGAGCAUUUGCACGAGUACAAGAAGCGCAGGCAAGAAUGGCAAAGUCACAAUGUGCUUUAGUUCAGUAAUAAAGUAAAUGGUUUGAACCCGGGA